AUGUUGGACGCUUCAAGGAACACAAUGGACAAGAUCACUUCUCAGAAUCCUCAACAAAUAAUGGAGGGCCUGUCGGACUUGGCGAGCAAAUCGCGGAGCGAAUUAUCCGCGCGUUUCACGGCGUUACAAGCGACGAUGGAGUCGUAUUCCAAAGUUGACAUCACGAAUCACGUGGUAUCCCACAUGGUCGACAGCGUCCGACCCGCGAAUCUGGCGGAAUCCUUUAGCGAAGGAAGCAACAGUCUGCAGGAGACGGUUUCUGGAUACACGAAGUCGGUCAAGGACAUGAUGCCCCCUAUGGACCGGAUUUACGAACUCAUCGCGUCCACAUUUGACGUGUCCGCGAAGAUGGAUCAGCUCAAAGCCAUACGCAUUCAAGACAUUUCCCCGGGAAAAACAAUACAAGACCUCACAGAGUUCAGCGACCUCUCUGGAGCUUUCGAAACUCUGAGGCAGCGCGUCACAUCUGUCCUGGAGCCGGUUGUUCAUGCCGUCGCCUCCAUGGAUCUGACACAGAAGCUUACCGACUUCACACGGCGGUUCUAA